AUGGGGAACCUGUUGCUGCUUUGUGCUUUGGGAACUUUACUCAACUGUCCACUCGUUUCUGGUUGGGCAGGGAGGGAGUUUGCCCUAUCGUUUAUGGAGAAUUAUGCUCCAAACUAUGGCCAUCCUCUCUUUCAAAUAUACAUCACAGCUGUUCAAGAUGGUACCAAAGUGACAGUCCAAGUGCCUCCUCUCAACUUUAAACAAGAAAAAACUCUCAAUGCAGGGCAAGGCGUCACCGUUGAUCUCCCCACUGUUGUUGAGAUGUACCGCAGUGAGAAGUCCUCCAAUACCAUUCGCAUUCAAGCCUCUGCAGAUGUGUCUGUAACAUCAUUUAGCUACAAGUUAUACACAGCUGAUACCUCUGUGAUAUAUCCAAUCUCUGAAUGGGGUACUGAAUACUAUAUUUUUACUCCUCCUGGAACCCCCUAUGGCUCCCAUAAAGAGUUUGCCUUAACAAACGGAAAAGAAAACAACAAAAUUGAGAUUUCUCUAGAGGGGACAGUUCAUUUUGAGGGCCGUAUUUAUGGUAAAGGCAGUAAAAUGGUGAUUGAUCUCAAGCCAUAUGAGAGUGUCCAGCUCCAGAGCUAUGAUGACCUCUCUGGUAGCAAAGUCACCUCCCAGCAACCUGUUGCUGUUUUUGCCGGCCACACGUGUACAUGGCGUUUCUCAAAAUGCAACCAUGUUUAUGAGCAGCUUUUGCCAACAGGCAAAUGGGGCACCAGUUUCAUCAUAGCUCCUCUGACCUUCCAGACAAAAUUUGACUCAAUCUACCUCCAGGCCUCCCAAUCCACCCAAGUUACUCUCCAACAUGGCAACAGUAACUACAAAUUCAAACUCUCCCAAGGGGAGACAAAGGAAGUAAACCACGGCAACACUGAAUCACUGUUUAUUCAGUCUGAUCAUGGCAUCCAGGUCCUCCUACUGUUUAAUGGUGCAGAACAUGGCUGGUUUCAAUACUAUGAUCCAUUUCUGAUGACCAUUAUGCCUACAGACCACUUCUGCUCUUCAUACUUACUACAAGGCAUUAAAGGUUUUGAUAACAGAGUCUUGGUAGUGGCACAGACCAGUGCAACUGAAAUGUUGCAGUAUGACAAUGUAAACCUGCCACGAAAUGUUCAGUGGAAAAAAGUAGCAGGGACAGAUUUUUCCUGGACAGAAAUGUCCUACCCAGAAACUACUGGCAGCACUUUCCACACUCUGUCCAGCUCUAGUUCGAGUUUUGCUCUCUAUAGUAUAGGACUGAGCCAAAUGAAUGGUUAUGGUUCUCCGGGACAUUGUACAAAGCAAGGAAGUGGAUCAAAGUCUUGCAGCCAGAUCAUCUGUAGUCCCAGUGAGGAGUGCGAGAUGAAGAACGGUUCUCCCUUGUGUGUUCCUAAACCAAAGAUGGGUUCCUGCUGGGCCUCGGGAGAUCCUCACUACAGGACUUUUGAUGGGCAACGCUUUGAUUUUAUGGGUACCUGCACUUAUGUUAUUGCUAAAAACUGUGGGGAGAACAGCCGUCUCACAGCUUUCGAGGUCCAUGCCCAGAACGAGAACAGAGGAAGCCGCAGAGUGUCAUACGUUGGCCUUGUCACGGUUAAAGUGUAUGACACCACCAUCACAGCAGUUCGAUCCGAGUCAGGCCGUGUGAGGGUUGACAAUAGUCUGUGGAGUUUGCCAAUAGUCUUGAACAAUGGCAAAUUGAAUAUUUUUCAAAGUGGCCGAUCUGUGGUUAUAGAGGCUGAUUUUGGUUUAACGGUCCGCUACGACUGGAAUCACAAUCUUGUGGUCUCACUGCCCGCUACUUACACUGCCCAGACUUGUGGUCUCUGUGGCAACUUCAAUGGCAAUCCCAAUGAUGACUUUACAACACCUUCUGGAACAAAAGCAACUGGGGCUUUGGCCUUUGGGAGCAGCUGGAAGAUUCCAGGGUUGGUAGCAGAUCCUCAGUGCAGAGACGACUGCGCGGGUGGGUGCGGCAGCUGUAAAGAAAGUCAGCUGAACAAGUGGGACAAUGACAGGUCCUGUGGGAUCAUUACCCGUAAAGAAAAUGGACCAUUCAAAAAUUGCCAUGCUGUCGUUGACCCACAAGCAUAUCUGGAAAACUGUAAAUUUGAUUUGUGCAUUGGAAAAGGUCUGCGGCAGUUCCUUUGCAAUGCCCUGGAGGCUUAUGCUGAGGCCUGUCAGUCUGCUGGGGUCCAAAUUGGCGAUUGGAGAGGAUUGGCAAAAUGCUCUCCUAGAUGUCCGGCUAACAGCAAAUAUGAGCUCUGUGGCAGUGCUUGCCCUGCCACAUGCUCUGACCCUGAGGCACCAUCCAAAUGUCAACGCCCAUGUGUGGAAACUUGCACCUGUAAAGAAGGCUUUGUUUUAAGUGGAUCCAAGUGUAUACCUGCUGCUAAAUGUGGUUGCACGUAUGAUGGACGAUAUAUUCCAGCUGGGCAGACAUUCUGGGCUGAUCAGAAUUGUAAGCGACUGUGUAAAUGUGUGUCUGGAAGCAGGCAGGUGGAGUGCCAGGAUAAAGGCUGUGGGGCGGGGCAACAAUGCAAAGUGGUUAACGGCAUAAGACAAUGUCAGGCAUUGUCCUACAGCACCUGCAAGGCCACUGGUGACCCCCAUUAUGUGACUUUUGACAACAAAAGGUACGACUUCCAGGGGACAUGUGUGUACCAGCUUGCUGCACUCUGCUCCAAAGACACAGGGUUGACACCUUUUGAGGUCCUGGUGCAGAACGAACAUCGAGGCAGAAAGGUGGUUUCCUACACCAAGCUAGUCCAGAUUAAAGUGUAUUCCCUCAACAUUGUCAUCACAAAGACACACAAUGGACUUAUCAUGCUAAAUGACCAGUUGGUCAACUUGCCCGUCAGCCUGGUUGAAGGAAAAGUUUCUGUGUACAAAAGUGGCUGGUUUGCUGUACUCACCACUGAUUUUGGCCUGAAAGUUUCUUUCAAUUGGCACAGUGCUGCAUUUGUAACCCUGCCAAGCAACUACAUGGGGGCAGUUUGUGGCCUUUGUGGCAACUACAAUGGCAAUAUACAAGAUGAUCUGACCCCAAAGAAUGGAAACAAACCCGUGAAACCAACAGAUUUUGGUACCAGUUGGCGAGUGGCUGAGAUACCUGGCUGUGUUGAAGGCUGUCAAGGAGUGUGCCCCAGCUGUGACAUCACCCAGAAGCUUCAAUAUGAAAAGGAAGAAUUAUGUGGAAUCAUAAGAGACACCAAAGGGCCAUUCCGUGACUGCCAUGCAAAGGUGGAUCCUGCUGGGUUCUUUGAAGACUGCGUCUACGAUGUUUGCAUGUAUGAAGGCAGAAAGGAUGUGCUGUGUCAGGCUGUAACGGCAUACACAGCUGCUUGUCAAGAUGUGGGGGCCAACGUGUACAGCUGGAGGACCAGUCAGUUCUGUGCGGUGAAGUGUCCUAUCAACAGCCAUUAUGAAAUUUGUGCAAGUGCUUGUCCUGCAUCCUGUGAAGGUUUGGCUCCCCCUCCAGGCUGCCAGGCUCGUUGUGAGGAAGGCUGCUCUUGUGAUGAAGGGUACAUCCUCAGUGGAGAUCAAUGUGUUCCCUACUCACAGUGUGGCUGCCUCUACAAUGACCUCUACUAUCGCAUCAAUGAAAUAUUUUAUCCCAAUGGACAGUGUGAGGAGGAGUGCAAAUGCACACAAGAUGGAGAGGUUCAAUGCAAAAAGUUCAAAUGUGGCCCUAACGAGAAAUGUAAAAUAGAAAAUGGCAUCCAAAAAUGUCACCCUGUUGGUAAGGGUGUAUGCCGGGCUUCAGGCGACCCUCACUACACGUCUUUUGAUGGGCAAAAGUUCGAUUUCCAGGGCACUUGCACCUACGUUCUUUCCAAGAGCUGUGGACUAGAAGAUACACACCUGGAGGCCUUCUCUGUCCAAGUGGAAAAUGUUCAGUGGGACCGGAUGAGAGGAAAGAAAAAGGUUUCAGUUACCAGGCUGGUUGCUGUGGAAGUCUUUGGCUUCACUCUUACCUUGAGGAACAAGAUGUUUGGAGUACUGGUAAAUGGAGAAUUCAACAACCUUCCACUGAAUCUAAAUGAUGGAGAAGUUCAGGUCUAUCAAGAGGGCACAAAUUAUGUCAUUGUGACAAAUUUUGGGUUGUUUGUUACGUAUGAUCUGGUCUAUCAUGUGACGGUCACAGUCCCUGGUAAUUACCGUGACAAAGUCUGUGGCUUGUGUGGAAACUUCAACGGAGACAGAAAAGAUGAUUUCCAGAUGCCAGAUCAGAAACUAGUCAAAGACAUCAAUGUGUUUGGAAAAUCAUGGAAGGUUGCCAUUCCGAAUGUGGUGUGUGAAAAUGGUUGUCAAGGGAAUGAGUGCCCCGACUGUGACCCAGCUCACAAGGACGUCUUUUCAAAGCCCGCUUACUGCGGUAUUCUCACAGCACCCAGUGGUCCAUUUGCAGUCUGCCAUAGUAAAUUGGACCCACAGCCAUACUUUGAUGACUGUGUAUUUGAUGUGUGUGCCUCCAAUGGGGAUGGAAAGGUGCUUUGUGACAGUGUAGCAGCCUAUGCCUACAACUGUCACAUGGCUGGAAUUAAUGUCAACAGCUGGAGGACUCCCUCUUUCUGUCCAAUGAAAUGCCCCGCAAACAGCCACUAUGAGGUGUGUGCAGAAACCUGCACCUAUUCCUGCCCUGGGCUGUCAGACAUGGUUCAGUGUCCUGAGGGCUGCACAGAAGGCUGCAUAUGUGAUUCAGGCUUCCUAUAUGAUGGUCAGACGUGUGUCAAAGAGACUGAAUGUGGCUGCUAUGACAGGGGGAAAACUUACAAGCCUGGUGAGGUCACAUAUGAAGACGAUUGUUCGACAGCGUGUUCCUGUAAUCCAGCAACAGGCCUCGUCUGUGAAGAGUAUUCCUGUCCAGCAGACACCAAAUGCAUGAUCAAGAAAGGAGUUAAGGCAUGUUACAACACAGAUCCCUGUAAAGAUGCCAACUGUCGGGUGCAGGAGACAUGCCGUGUUGAGGGGGGUGAAGCUGUGUGCAUCCCCAAGUACACGGCCACCUGCUGGGCUUGGGGGGAUCCCCACUACCACACCUUUGAUGGUUUUGACUUUGACUUCCAAGGAACUUGUAAAUACAUCAUCUCUCAGACCUGCGGGAACCUGGGUGGCCUCGUUCCGUUCUCCAUCACUGAGAGAAACGAUAACAGAGGAAAUACAGCUGUUUCCUUCGUCAGAGAGGUAGAUGUGUUUGUAUAUGGGUACAACAUCAGCGUUCGGAAGAACCAAGUUGGUCAAGUCACGGUCAACGGGGAGCUGCUGAACCUUCCCUUUCAACUGGGUGAAAAUGAGGUGUCUGUGUUUCAAAGUGGGUCCUCUGCAGUGGUUGAAACAAAGUUUGGCUUGAUUGUGUCUUACGAUUGGAACUGGCAUCUGGUCAUUAAGCUCCCCAGCAGCUACUACAGCAGUGUGUGUGGUUUGUGUGGGAACUUCAACGGCAAUAAAGGUGAUGAACUCCAGAAUCCAUCAGGCAAAGGAGUCCCCUCUGUGAUAGAGUGGGGUAAGAGCUGGCAAACACCUGAUCAAGACAAAGACCAUCCUUGCUGGGACACGUGUGAAAAAAAUUGCCCUACCUGUGAUGACAAUGAACGGGAACUCUACGAGACUCAGGCUUUCUGUGGAGGUCUUGCAGCUAAGACCAAUAGUGUAUUUAAGAAAUGCAAUAGUAAGCUAGACCCUCAAGCUUUUAUGAACAAUUGUGUUUAUGACAUGUGUUUAAAUAAGGGGGACAAAAGAAUGCUGUGCCAGGCUCUGGCCUCAUAUAAUAAGCAAUGUCGUGAUGAGGGGAUAAUAAUCAAGGACUGGAGGAAAGAAUUUAACUGCCCAAUGAAUUGCCAGCGCUUCAGCCACUACGAAGAUUGUGCCAGUCCUUGCCAGCCCUCCUGUCCCUUCCCUGAGCAAAAGCAGACAUGCAGUGGCGCAUGUGUUGAGGCCUGUGUGUGUGAUGAGGGUUACGUCCUGAGUGCUGGUGUUUGUGUUCCCGCUAAAACAUGUGGCUGCUCUUAUCAGGGUCGCUACUACACGCCAGGCCAGCAGUUCUGGGCCGAUGAGGCUUGUAGUCGCCUUUGUGUCUGUGACACCACCCUGGGCAUGGUGACAUGCCGUGAGGCCUCCUGCUCUGCCAAUGAGAAAUGCAUCAUACAGGAUGGAGAGCGAGUCUGCCAACCCAUCAGUUAUGCCACAUGCACAGCCUCAGGUGACCCACACUAUCGCACUUUUGAUGGCCGCCGGUUCAAUUUCCAGGGGACUUGUGAAUAUCAACUGGCUGGACUGUGCUCUCAACACCCUGGGCUGGUGCCAUUCAAUGUGACUGUGCAGAAUGAGAACCGUGGAAGCAAGGCCGUGUCCUUUACAAAAGCUUUCACAUUUUCCAUUUAUGGCUCCACUCUCACUGUCAGCAAAGAAAACCCCUAUAAAGUCUUGCUCAACGGCCAGCUUGCCUCUCUACCUCUGGAGUUCAAGGAUGAGCUGGCAGUUUUUCUGAGCGGCCAUCAGGCUGUAGUUGAGACAGCUGCUGGUAUCACUGUCACAUAUGACUGGUGGAGCACCGUGAGGGUUACUGUCCCUAGCAACUACCAUGGUGUAGUGUGUGGCCUGUGUGGCAACUACAAUGGGAACGCACAGGAUGACAUGACCAUGCAGAAUGGCAAGACCACCCCUGAUGAAGCCAAGCUUGGCGAGAGUUGGCAGGUGGCCACUGUCCCCGGCUGUUCAUCAGCUUGCCAAGGGCCGUGGUGUCAGGCCUGUUCUGACUCCCAGAAGAAGGUUUACCAAGCCUCCAAAUUCUGUGGUAUUAUUGCUGACGAGACGGGGCCUUUUAGAGAGUGUCAUAAGUUUGUGGACCCUGCUCCAUACAUGGAGGACUGUGUUUACGAUGUUUGCCAAUAUCACGGGCACCAUGGCUCAGUAUGUAAAGCUGUGGAAGUGUAUGUGUCUGCUUGUCAGAGCCAAGGAAUCCCCAUCCACCCCUGGAGAACAGAUGCAUUGUGCCCAAUGGAGUGCCCUGCCAACAGUCACUACAGCCUGUGCGCCUCAGGUUGCCCAGCUACCUGUGCCAGCAUAAACUCCCUCACCACUUGCCACAUGCAUUGCUCUGAAGCUUGUGAAUGCAACCAAGGUCACCUGAUGAGUGGAGAUACCUGUGUGCCUGUGAGGGACUGUGGGUGCUCCUACAAUGGUCAAUACUACAAGAAAGGGGAUGUUUUCUACCCUGAGGAUACGUGCAUGGAGAAGUGCACAUGUGGGGAGAAUGGAGCGGUUUCUUGCCAAAAGGAAAAGUGUCGCAGAGGAGAAACCUGCAAGCUGGUGAACGGAGUGAAAGGCUGCCACCCAGAGGAGGAAGGGAAGUGUGUGGCUUCUGGUGACCCACACUACAUUUCCUUUGAUGGACAAAGGUUCGAUUUCCAGGGCGCCUGUGUCUAUGUCCUGGCUAAAGUUUGUGAUGACGACAACGACCAACUUACACCAUUCACUGUCACUCAAGGAAAUGCAAAAUAUGGAAACGGAAAAGUGGCUGUAACCAAGUCAAUAACAGUGACCGUUUAUGGUUACAACAUUUCCAUACACCAUGGAGUGCCUAUGAAAGCUAUUGUAAAUGAUGAAGAGCUGAACCUUCCUCUCUCUCUUGAAAACGGGCAUCUUACAGUAACAAAAGAAGGUCACAAUACAUUUGUUCGAACAGACUUUGGUCUUAAAGUCCUCUAUGACACCGUCUACUAUGUUGAGGUCAUCGUUCCUUCUACAUACCAGGGCAAAAUGUGUGGUCUUUGUGGUAACUACAACGAUAAGGACCGUGAUGAAUUCAGACUUCCCGAUGGAAAAAGAACAAAGAACGUUAAUGAUUUUGGAAAGUCAUGGGCUGUGGACCUGCCUGAGCAGAUUUGUGGUGGCUGUGAAGAGGACUGUCCAGUGUGUGAGAAAGCCAACGCUGUUUUGUAUGAAAAGUCCGACUCUUGCGGCAUCAUGAAAGCUCCUGACGGGCCUUUCAAAGCCUGCCACAGUAAAAUCGACCCAGCAGCAUAUGUGUCAAAUUGCAUGUUUGAUGUUUGCGCCGCGGGUGGCAGCAAAGAUAUUCUGUGUAACAGUGUGCAGGCCUACGUAUUGGCAUGCCAGAAUGCCGGAGUGCAAAUCCAGCCGUGGAGAAGCAGCUCAUUCUGUCCUGCUUCCUGUCCUCCAAACAGCCACUAUGAGGUGUGUGCUGAUACCUGUAGAGGGACAUGUGCCAGCUUCAUCCAGCAACUCACUUGCUCUGAAAGCUGUUUUGAAGGAUGCCAGUGCGACGGUGGCUUUGUUUUUGAUGGCUUCCAGUGUGUGCCCUUGGAAAAGUGUGGGUGUGUCCAUGACGGCAGAUAUUUGACGGUGAACCAAAUAGUGGUGGACAAAGACUGUCAAUCCAAAUGCGUGUGUGAGGCCUCUGGAUUGGUGAAGUGUCAACAGCUGUCCUGUUCUAGUACAGAGGCUUGUGGUGUAAGAGGCGGGGUCAGGGGUUGUCACAUCAAGCAGGCCCACUGCACCAUCAGCCACACUGGCCAGCUGAGCUCCUUUGAUGGCAUGACUGCAGCAAUAGAGACACAAGGGGCAUUGGAGGUGGCAUCUCUGUGUGACGAGACCUCUGAGAACUGGUUCCGUGUCGUAGUCGAUGUCAGGGUUUGCCAUGAAAAAGCACCUUUUGCUCCUGCAACUGUGCAUGUGUUCUUCAACGAGGCUACUGUUACAGUGAACAGCCAACAUGGGAUUUGGGUAAAUGGCAAGAAAGUGUCUCCCCCCAGCAAAGUGACAAAUCAGCUGUCAGUGCAAGUCUUGGACAGGAGUGUGAUCAUUGAGAGGAAAUCAGCUGUACGUGUGACCUACUCCGUCUCACAGGAGGUCACUGUCACUGUCGACACCAGCCUGGCUGGAAAAGUGUGUGGUGCCUGCGGCAACUACAACAGCGAGUCUAAAGAUGAUUUGAAGACGGCAGAUGGAAAAGUCACCACUGAUGUGUCGGUGGUUAUUGGUUCAUGGAGUGCUGAAGACUUUUCCAGAUGUGGCCUGUAAAGAUGCUGUUUCUGCUUUGAUAAAGACAAAAAAAAUCAUAAAAAUAGGAAAAGAUGCACCUACCUACACAAAAAUGCUCAACAUCUCUUCAUUUUCAUCUGUUAAUACUAGCAUGUUUCCAGAUUCAAAGUGAUCUGAUCCUUGUUUCUUUGCCUGGGGUUGUACCUCAUUGUUGUGUAACAACACCACCUAGUGGAAAAUCCGGUAAUAACCUGUGAUGCUUGCUAGUUGCUUGAAAAAAAUAGUUUUAAAAGUUAAUCCUGUCCUGUUAAACAUUUAGAAUGUGUACUUUAAAAAAAAAAAUCAUUCCUUACUGUUCUGACCACUGAAUAAAUAUUUUUUUCCUCACA